GGCCGCGCGUGCCCUGCGCCGUCUCCAUAGCGACCGGGCCGUAAAGCGCGGCUGCGCGUGCCGCCUGGCCUCUCGCGGCACUUCCGGCCGGUGCGGCCUAGCGGCGGCGGCGCCCCCGUUGUCCCGCAGCCAUGGAGAUGCUGCUGCCGCCCGACGACCAGGAGCUGCGGAAUGUCAUCGACAAGCUGGCGCAGUUCGUGGCGCGGAACGGGCCCGAGUUCGAGAAGAUGACGAUGGAGAAGCAGAAGGAGAACCCCAAAUUCUCCUUCCUCUUCGGGGGCGACUUCUACGGCUACUACAAGUACAAGCUGGCCCUGGAGCAGCAGCAGCUGUUGUGCAAGCAAAGUCAAGAUAUCGAAGCUACCACCCAGAUCCAGCCACUGCCACAACCGUCGCUGCCCCCGGCUGCGCCUCUCCCAGCUCCCCAGGGCACCCCGUCCGUGGAGGAGCUGAUCCAGCAGAGUCAGUGGAACCUGCAGCAGCAGGAGCAGCAUCUCCUCGCUAUGAGACAGGAACAAGUCACGUCAGCAGUGGCCCUUGCAAUUGAGCAACAGAUGCAAAAAGUGUUGGAGGAAACCCAGUUAGACAUGAACGAAUUUGACAACUUGCUGCAGCCAAUAAUUGACACUUGUACGAAAGAUGCGAUCUCAGCUGGCAAGAACUGGAUGUUUAGCAACGCAAAGUCUCCCGCGCACUGCGAGCUGAUGGCCGGGCACCUGCGCAAUCGCAUCACGGCCGAAGGGGCUCACUUCGAGCUCCGCUUGCAUCUCAUCUACUUAAUCAAUGACGUUUUGCAUCACUGCCAGCGAAAGCAAGCGCGGGAUCUUCUGGCUGCUUUGCAGAAGGUGGUUGUGCCUAUUUAUUGUACGAGUUUCCUGGCGGUGGAGGAGGACAAGCAACAGAAGAUUGCCAGACUUCUUCAGCUAUGGGAGAAAAAUGGGUACUUUGAUGAGUCAAUUAUUCAGCAGUUGCAGAGCCCGGCUCUUGGACUCGGCCAGUACCAGGCAAAUCUGAUCACUGAAUACGCCACGGUAGUGCAGCCUGUACAGGUCGCCUUCCAGCAGCAGAUGCAGAACCUGAAAACUCAGCACGAAGAGUUCGUGAACAGUUUGACGCAGCAGCAGCAACAGCAGAUCCCAAUCCCCCCGCUGGAGAACGAGGUGAAAUCAACGCCCCCGCCUCAGGCGCCCAGCGCAGCGCCCGCCUCGGCCCCGCCGUCCGCUCCCGUCACGCAAGCAGAUGAUGGUAAAUCCCAGCUGCCUCUGGCUGGUUCUACAGAAUACGACACAACAGGGUCUGGCGUGCAGGACCCUGCCUCUGGUGGACCACGCGGCCCUGGAUCUCACGAUCAGAUUCCUCCAAAUAAACCGCCCUGGUUUGACCAACCUCACCCUGUUGCACCGUGGGGUCAACAACAGGGACCACCUCAUUGUCCUCCGUGGAAUAACAACCAUGAAGGAAUGUGGAAUGAACAGAGAGAUCAAGGUUGGAAUAAUCAGCGCGAGACACCCUGGAACAACCAGCCCGAUCCGUCUUGGAACAACCAGUUUGAAGCGCCGUGGAACAACCAGCACGAACAACCUCCAUGGGGUGGGGGUCAGAGGGAACCUCCAUUUCGAAUGCAACGGCCACCUCACUUCAGAGGCCCAUUUCCUCCACAUCAGCAACAUCCCCAAUUCAACCAGCCCCCGCAUCCGCAUAAUUUCAACCGCUUUCCACCUCGCUUCAUGCAGGAUGAUUUUCCACCUCGCCAUCCCUUUGAAAGGCCUCCUUAUCCUCAUCGUUUUGAUUACCCCCAGGGGGAUUUUCCUCAAGAAAUUGGACCUCCUCACCAUCACCCUGGUCACAGAUUGCCUCAUCCUGGCAUCAGCGAGCAUCCUCCCUGGGGAGGGCCACAGCACCCUGAUUUUGGGCCUCCCCCGCACGGAUUUAACGGGCAGCCCCCCCACAUGCGGCGCCAAGGGCCCCCUCACAUGAAUCACGAUGACCCCAGCCUGGUGCCAAACGUUCCCUACUUUGAUCUUCCUGCCGGACUGAUGGCUCCGCUCGUGAAACUUGAAGAUCAUGAGUAUAAACCUUUAGAUCCUAAAGAUAUACGUCUUCCACCCCCAAUGCCCCCCAGUGAGAGACUCCUGGCUGCGGUUGAGGCAUUUUAUAGUCCACCAUCUCAUGACAGGCCUAGAAACAGUGAGGGCUGGGAGCAGAACGGACUGUACGAAUUCUUCAGAGCUAAAAUGCGAGCGAGGCGGAGGAAAGGUCAGGAGAAGAGAAACAGUGGCCCUUCCCGGUCUCGCAGUCGGUCUAAGAGCCGAGGUCGCUCGUCCUCCCGCUCCAAUUCACGAUCUUCGAAAUCGUCUGGCUCCUAUUCGAGGUCACGAUCUCGCUCUUGCUCUCGAUCACGAUCCUAUUCGCGCUCUCAGUCCAGAAGCCGGAGCAGGUCCCGCUCCUCUCACAGCCGCUCGCGGUCGCGGUCGCGAUCACGAUCCAAGUCGUACUCCCCGGGGAGGCGGCGCCGGUCCCAGUCUCGCAGCCCCACUCCUCCUUCUUCUGCUGGUUUGGGCUCCAGCUCUGGGCCUCCCAUACCAGAAUCAAGACUUGGAGAAGAAAAUAAAGGCCAUCAAAUGCUGGUGAAAAUGGGAUGGAGCGGAUCUGGUGGGCUGGGAGCCAAGGAACAAGGAAUCCAGGAUCCGAUUAAAGGAGGGGAUAUCCGGGACAAAUGGGAUCAGUACAAAGGAGUGGGAGUUGCGUUAGAUGACCCUUACGAAAACUACCGAAGAAACAAGAGUUACUCGUUUAUCGCACGCAUGAAGGCCAGAGAAGAAUUGAAGCGUGAAACGCAAGACCCUCCACCACCCGAAUAAGACUCUCUGAAGAAAGAUGUCUUGCAUCUUCUACAAAACAUUAAACUUGUAUAAAUCCGGAUUAAAGUCUGGAGGAAGUGACAAAUGAAUUACUUUUAAAACUAUGGUGACAAAUGGAAAGCUAGGACAUGCACUUCAGCACUUGUCGUUUAGUGUUUAAAAAGGCCAGUCGUAACUAUGACAUGUCUAGCAAGUUUAAGAAUUUCCAUUUAUUUUGCAAAAUUUUUUAAUUAGUUACCCAUUUUAUACUAGAACGACUCCCCAGCCAACUCUCCCUGUGUAGGAUCGUGCCCCAUUCAUUCCUGUGGAAUACAGACGUUAUCUGAUCCGGUUGUGUGUUCUCUAGUUCCAUAAUGUAUGUUUAUUUCUCUCAAAAGGUUAAUUCUAUUUGAAGUGGAGGGGUGCUGCCUUGGGAUCAAGUCACACUGAUGCUGAGCAGUGUAUCCUAAUGUCUAAAUGGGGAAUGACGCAUCUAGUUCCAGUACAGGUGACCUGCGAGCGCUGGGCGAGCUCGUUAGGACCCACCCUAACGAGCCAACCUAACGCCCCUCCACACCAGCUGCUGCACCCCAGCUCUGCUCGCAACACGAGGGGUCCCUGGCGCAGCUUGUCCAGCGCUCUGAGGGAUGUUCAAUGCUUUGUAACGGAAGACAUUCUUUAAGCUUUUUAUAUUUUUGUAUAUACCCUUUAAUAAAAGCUAAUUAGUUCACUAGAAGAGAA